AUAAUAAAUAAAAUAGGAUCUAGUACACUACCACGAGGCACACCAUAACUUAUAUUGCAUUUAUUGCUUAAAUAGUUAUUUAUCAAGACACAUUGAGUUUUGUAAUAUCUUGAAAAUCAUUAUCAACUCCAAAUUCAGGCCAACUCAUUCCCUUGAUUAUAUUUGUCGAACCCUAUUUAUUCAAGGUUGGUGCGUUUUGUUUAGAAGAUCCUUACCCUUCUCUUCAAAUACAGUUCACUUUGAUUUAAAGUUACAGGUACUAGGAUCAUAGAUUGCUAAAAUGGAUAGACCCAAGCUUUAUAUUAACGAAAAUACCUUACAACAUGAAAUAGCUUUGGAGUUUUUAACAAAAAAUUUGCUUGAAUUAAAAUGGAAAUUAAACGAGAAUGUAUUAGAUAUUGGAUGUGGUCCUGGCGAUGUAACUGUAAAAAAACUACUUCCUCUAAUACAAGAUAAAAUUAAUAAGUUGAUUGCUGUUGAUAAAUGCAGUGAAAUGGUUGAAUUUGCCAAUGACUGUUAUAAUGUUCCAGAAGUAGAAUUUCAAAUUAUGGAUAUUCAGGACUCUUCAACUUGUUUGUUUUACACGGAAUAUUUUAAUAAGAUAUUUUCAUUUAUGUGCUUGCAUUGGGCAGUUGAUCAGCAAAAAGUCAUGAAUAAUAUAUAUUCUAUGUUGAAAAGUGAUGGAGAAAUUUUGAUAACGUUUUUAAAAUACAAUCCAUUUUUUAAAAUUUAUGAAUCAUUGGAUAUGGAAUUUCAAAAAUAUGUCAAAAACAUCAUGCCUAAGCCAGUACCAACUUUAAGUAGUGAAGAAUUAAAAGCUCAUAUUGAAAAUACUGGAUUUAAAAUCAUAAAAUUUGAAGAAAUUACAAAAUUAUUUACUCAUAAAAAUACCUCCGAUUUUUUAAGUGCCAUGAAAGCUGUUGAUAAUAUGUAUCACAUUUUACCAAAAAAUUUACAUGAAAAAUAUACUUCUAUCAUUCAAAAAACUAUGAUAAAAGGAUGGAAUUUUAUUGAAUAUUCAACUGUCGGAAAACUAACUUUGAAGUACACGAUUAUAGCAAUACACGCUAUAAAAUAUUAAAGAAAAUUAAAAUUGCUAGUAUAUUUGUAGAUCUAUUUAAAAAAUUAAAUUAUAUUCUGUUAACA